AUGCACAGAAAAUGCCCCCUGACAAGAGAGGAACAAAACUCGCCGCACCCGGCGCCCGACCCAUAUCGAUGGACGACAUCGCAGAGGAGCCAGCCGGGUGCUAGAUCACAUGGAAAACCAUGGCUCGAUGGACCGAUAUGUCGCUGGGUUUAUUCGGGCUGUCCGCCAGUACGCACUCAACGCCCAACGGGGCGACGGCCAGCGGAUGGUUCGGACCACGAAUACAUCACCAACCUCCGCACACUCAACCAGGUCCGAUCACGACUCGAAGAUGUUGUCCUAACCUUCGGCGAUGCGAUGGAAUGGCCCCUGCCACCCUCCGAAAUCUUCUUUUCCUCAUCCUUUAUAUCUGUUUCCGGGGUCGAUUUCACCGCCGGUGGUCAUGACCAAGAAGAGAAGGGCCAGGAAACCAUGAAGAAGUUGCGCAACCAGAUCACCCAGUUACUGGAGAGCGACGGGGGUGGACGGACUGGGCUGGAUGCUGCCACUCAUCGCAUCGAGACUCUACGAGCAUUGGCGACGGUAUGGAAGGGGUCCGCUGAGGAGAAGGCGCGACAUCGGUUCGUGGAUACGCUGGAGAGGCUUUUGGAGGAGCGUCGGCGUAUAUUAGACCAUCAACAGAAAAUUGCCGAUCAGAACCAGCGUGGACCCAAGUCGCGGUCUGAACAGAAACGUGAUAGCGACAGUGGGGGACCUGGUGGAGGGUUGUUCCGCAAUCUUCAACGGUUGCGGGAGGAAAUCUAUCUGGAGUAG